CGAUCAUUUUUUCCGCGAAAAGGCAAUCCAUCGUAAUACUAGAGAAUGGCGACGAGCAAUAACAUCGGAGACGACGACGAUGAUCCUUUUGCGUGUUUCGAUUCCUCCGACGAUGAGGACGAGGAUAGGCGCCAAGAAAUCGUUGGUAAAUUGCAAGAUCACACUCUAGAUAUUUCCCGCGAUCCGGGAAACGGCGUCCUUGCCUUCCACGCAGGAACAGAGGUUGCCCUCCUCCAUUACGUCAAGACAGAACUUGACGCCACCGGGAAGAGCAAUACGAUGGUUCGCGACGAAGAGAACACCAACACCGAAAGAGCCCCCGAAUCGGCAAUCUCCGAGCAAGCAAGGACCAUCCUGGGGCUGGUUGACUCGUAUUGCCUGUCGAGGCACUGGAUGAUGCACGUGGGGCCCGAAAAAGCGGGCCCCCUCCGAGACUUUAUCUCAAAGUGCCUGGGGAGCCGCAAGCGGAAGAACUCAAACGACCACGGAUCGGAUGCCGUGGUAGUCGUAGAGCUCGGAACGUACUGCGGCUAUUCGUCAAUUUUCAUCGCCAAAACGAUACUCGAAUACCACCGCGAUUCGAUGGCAGCCGAAGCAAAUACCGGAGUGAACCAACAGGAAGACAGCGACAGGGACGACCCGUUGUUUCACAUUUACUCUGUCGAGGUGGUCGAAGGAUUUGCGAGAGUGGCCAGGGAGCUUAUACAGCUGGCCGGAAUGGAAGCCUACAUUACCGUAAUUUUGGCUCAGCACCCGGACGAUGCCAUCCCCGGGAAGAUAGGAGGCCCCAAGACAAACGCCGGGGAAGCACCGCCGUCGCUUUCCUCCGAACUGAUGCAGAGAUUACCGCGUGGUUCGGAACACGACGGGGAGUCAACAGUGACCACUACCAAACCCAUAGACUUCUUGUUCGUGGACCACGACAAGUCUCUGUACCUGCCGCACCUGAGGGAGCUCGAGAACACGGGGUUUAUAAGGGAGGGAACCUUCGUCGCAGCCGACAACGUCGUGUUUGCCCAGAUUGACGACUAUCGAGACUACAUGUCUCGGCUUGCCGAGCAAGGAAUCGUAGAAACCCGAUUAGAGGACUCCCUCAUGGUUGAAUACUGCGAGCCAGAACUGCGGUCUCCGGAUGAAUCGUUGGAACACAACAAAGGGGAAACAACCACAACGAAGGAAAUGCUGCAAGAUGGGAUUGAAUUUUCUAUAUACCUGACAGAUCCAGCAAGAUUACCAGAUUCCUAAAAACUACCUCGGAGAUGACCGGAUAUCAAUCGGC